CGCAUGGAAUCGAAUCUACCACUGCUCUCGGUCUCGUGUCGCGCGACACGGCGAAGUGGAGCGGCGGCGAUCCCCGGGGGCUGACCGAGACACGCGGCCCCAGAGACCUCCACCACCUCUACCACCGCCUCCGCCGGAGCCGCCGCACACCGCCCGACCGCUCGCACCGGGCCCUGCCACCGGUCCCCGUGGUGGGGAGAGACGUCGGCGGCCGCCGGGGAAAGACCGAGCCGAGCCGAGGUGGUCCGCGCCCCGGUGCGAUGCGGGGCCUCGGCGCUCGGAUAGACGCUCGCCCGGGACCGCGCGGCCUUCCGCGGCCUCUGUGAGCAGCAUGGCAGGGGGUCUGGCCCGGCUUGUCGGCCUUGCGAAGCGCGCUGUGGCCUCGUGGGGACCGCGGGGAGCUGAACAGGCAGGGGGCGGAGGAGCGGGCGGCUUACGCAAGGACAAGCCAGACGAGCCUGGACUUGGCAAGAAUGAGACCAUGAUCCGCGUUCUGCCAUCCAAGGAGGCGGCGGCGCUGGCGGUGGACGAGGUGGCGUGCAUGCUGCAGGCAAGCCUCCAGAGCGGGCUAGCCACCAGCGAAGUGCUGCACAGGAGGGCCUACCACGGCUGGAACGAGUUUGAGAUAAACGAGGAGGAGCCGCUAUGGAGGAAGUACAUUUCCCAGUUCAAGAACCCCCUGAUUCUGCUGCUGCUCUCUUCGGCCGUCAUCAGCGUCCUCAUGAAUCAGAUCGACGACGCGGUCAGCAUCACUGUGGCGAUCGUUAUCGUCGUGACGGUCGCGUUCGUGCAGGAAUACAGGUCGGAGAAGUCGCUCGAAGAGCUGAACAAGCUGGUCCCACCCGAGUGCCACUGCGUCCGCGAAGGCCGCAUGGAAAAGCUGCUGGCGCGUGAGCUGGUGCCGGGCGACACCGUCACGCUCUCCGUGGGCGACCGUGUCCCCGCCGACCUUCGCCUCUAUGAGUCGAUCGACCUGUCCAUCGACGAGUCGAGCUUCACCGGCGAGACGGAGCCCAGCAGAAAGACGACGUCCACCGUGGCGCGGGGCCUCAACGGCGACAUGGCGGCGCGCACCAACAUCGCCUUCAUGGGCACGCUGGUGCGCUGCGGCAAGGGCAAGGGAAUUGUCAUUGGGACUGGCGAGAAUUCGGAGUUUGGAGAAGUCUUCAAGAUGAUGCAAGCUGAGGAGGCCCCGAAGACCCCGCUGCAGAAGAGCAUGGACCGGCUGGGCAAGCAGCUCUCCUUCUACUCCCUGUGCAUCAUCGGUUUGAUCAUGCUCAUCGGGUGGCUGCAAGGCAAGCACAUCCUGGACAUGUUCACCAUCGGCGUCAGCCUGGCGGUGGCCGCCAUCCCCGAGGGCCUCCCGAUCGUGGUGACGGUGACGCUGGCGCUCGGGGUCAUGCGUAUGGCCAAGAAGAGAGCCAUCGUCAAGAAGCUGCCCACCGUGGAGACUCUGGGCUGCUGUACGGUGAUUUGCUCGGACAAGACGGGGACGCUGACCAAGAACGAGAUGACCGCGACGCACAUCUGUACGGCGGACGGGUUGCACGCAGAGGUGACCGGCGUGGGCUACAACGUGGACGGGGAGGUGCGGGUGGAGGGGGAGAUCGUGCACGGCUACUCCCACGCGUCCAUCGCCAGCGUUGUCGAGGCCGGGUGCAUCUGCAACGACGCCAUCAUCCGCAGCGACAAGGCCCUGAUGGGGCAGCCCACGGAGGGCGCCCUGCUCGUGCUCGCCAUGAAGAUGGGCCUGGCGGACGUACGGGGAGAGUACAUCAGGAGGAGGGAGAUCCCCUUCAGCUCCGAGCAGAAGUGGAUGGCGGUGAAGUGCGUGCACAAGACAAAGCAGUGCGGUGCGCAGGACAAGGCGGAGGUCUACUUCGUGAAGGGCGCAUUCGAGCGCGUCAUCGACAUGUGCUGCUCCUUCCGUGGCCAGGGGCACACGCUGCCGCUGUCCGCCCAGCAGCUGGUGCUCUACAAGCAGGAGGAGACCUACAUGGGCGCCAGCGGCCUACGCGUGCUGGCCAUGGCCUCGGGGCCCGAGCUGGGCCAGCUGACCUUCCUGGGCCUCGUGGGCAUCAUCGACCCCCCGCGGCCCGGCGUGCGCAAGUCCGUCGCCAUCCUCGUCUCCUCGGGCGUCUCCGUCAAAAUGGUCACCGGCGACUCCAUGGAGACCGCCGUCGCCAUAGCCAACCGCCUCGGGCUGUCCUCCAAUGGCGGCGGAGCCGCCAUCUCCGGGGAGGAGAUGGACCUGAUGGAGACGACGCAACUCUCCCAGAUCAUCCGCAAGGUGUCCGUGUUCUACCGAGCUAGCCCCAGGCACAAGCUCAAGAUCGUAAAGGCGCUGCAGAAGAACGGGGAGGUGGUGGGGAUGACGGGCGACGGGGUGAACGACGCCGUGGCGCUCAGGGCCGCGGACAUCGGCGUGGCGAUGGGACGCAGCGGCACGGACGUGUGCAAGGAGGCGGCCGACAUGAUCCUCGUCGACGACGACUUCUACACCAUCAUGUCCGCCAUCGAGGAAGGGAAGGGCAUCUUCUACAACAUCAAGAACUUUGUGAGAUUUCAGCUGAGCACGAGCAUCGCCGCCCUGACUCUAAUCACCCUGGCGACGCUCAUGAACUUCCCCAACCCGCUCAACGCCAUGCAGAUCCUGUGGAUCAACAUCAUCAUGGACGGGCCGCCCGCCCAGAGUCUGGGCGUGGAGCCUGUCGACAAGGACGUGAUCCGGCAGCCUCCGAGAAACGUUAAGGACAGCAUCCUCACCCGCAGCCUCAUCUCCAAGAUCCUCAUCUCCGCCAUCAUCAUCGUCUCGGGAACCCUCUUCGUGUUUUGGAGGGAGCUUCAGGACAACAUGAUCACGCCCCGGGACACCACCAUGACUUUCACCUGCUUCGUCUUCUUCGACAUGUUCAACGCCCUGAGCUCGCGAUCGCAGACCAAGUCGGUGUUCGAGAGCGGCUUCUUCAGCAACCGCAUGUUCUGCUACGCGGUGGGGGGCAGCAUCAUGGGGCAGAUGGCCGUCAUCUACUUCCCACCCCUGCAGCAGGUGUUCCAGACGGAGAACCUCAGCGCAGUGGAUCUGCUCUUCCUGCUGGGGCUGACGUCGACCGUGUGGAUCGCGUCGGAGGUGAUGAAGGCGGUGGAGCGGAGGAGGUUGUUCUCCCGCAAGCACGACGGGGGGGGAUCCUUCCUUGAAGUGUGAUCCCAGCCGGCGGGGUGGGGGGAGGU